AACACUCCCCAUACGAAAACGAUUCAACUCAACAUGCCUGACAAGAUCGAAUUAGCAGAAAAGAACUUUGCCAGAGACGCCAAGUUCACCGAAGCUCUUCACGGCAAGAGCUACGAUAAGACCGGUUUGUUUGCCUUGACCUCAAAGGCCAAGGACGCUUCCCAGGUUGCCGCUGAAGGCUACUUCAAGCACUGGAACGGUUCCGUCGAAGAAAAAGACGAAAAGAGCAGAUUGACUGACUACUCGCAGUUGACCCAUCACUACUACAACUUGGUGACUGACUUCUACGAAUACGGUUGGGGCUCUUCUUUCCACUUCUCGAGAUACUACCGUGGAGAAGCCUUUAGACAAGCCACCGCUAGACAUGAACACUUCUUAGCUCACAAGAUGAACAUCAACGAAAACAUGAAGGUUUUGGAUGUCGGUUGUGGUGUUGGUGGUCCAGGUAGAGAAAUCACCCGUUUCACUGACUGUGAAAUUGUUGGUUUAAACAACAACGAUUACCAGAUCGAAAGAGCCAACCACUAUGCCAAGAAGUACAACUUAGACCACAAGUUGUCCUACGUCAAGGGUGACUUCAUGCAAAUGGACUUUGAGCCAGAGACCUUUGAUGCCGUAUAUGCCAUCGAAGCCACUGUGCACGCCCCAGUGUUAGAAGGUGUGUACUCGGAAAUCUACAAGGUUUUGAAGCCCGGUGGAACUUUUGGUGUUUACGAAUGGGUCAUGACCGACAAAUAUGACGAAAGCAACGAAGAACACCGUAAGAUUGCCUACGGUAUCGAAGUCGGUGACGGUAUCCCCAAGAUGUACAAGAGAGAAGUUGCUGAGCAAGCUCUCAAAAACGUUGGUUUCGAGAUCGAAUACGAAUCCGACUUGGCUGACAGAAAGGACGAAAUCCCAUGGUACUACCCAUUGAGUGGUGAGAUGAAGUACUGCCAAACUUUUGGUGACUACUUCACAGUCUUCCGUACCUCUAAGGUCGGUAGAUACAUCACUACUGAACUUGUUGGUGCCAUGGAAAAGAUCGGUCUUGCUCCAAAGGGCUCUAAGCAGGUUACCCAUGCCUUAGAAGACGCUGCAGUCAACUUGGUUGAAGGUGGACGUCAAAAGUUGUUUACCCCAAUGAUGUUGUAUGUUGUCAGAAAGCCAUUGGAUAAGAAAAACUAGAAUGGGUUUCCAUUUGUCUCAUUUCUUCAAUUCUUACUUAUUUAUUCCUUCAUGCAUAUUCUGCGAGCUGUGAUGCUAAUAGAUUCAAUUAAUACAUGGUUAUAAAAUUUU